CCUUCAAGAAAACCUUCCCCAGCCCAUCCCCGAGUGACAUAAUGCAAAGUGACGUAAAAACCGCCCGCUCAUGUGACACCCAAGUCCCGCGAAAUAAUCCAAUUUAGACGCGAGUUCUCGUGUGUGUUCGAGUGAGUUCGUAAAAUACCACAACCAUGAAGCAAUCGGUCGUGCUAUGCGUGCUGCUCCUGUGUGCCGUGCUCGGUGCGGUGGCCUUCUCCGGGGGUCAAAGCGCAGCCAGCGGUGAUCCGGCCCCGGGCCGUUCGCCGGGACCACCCGGCGUCGAGCAGCUGUCGGACGCGGAACACCGCGGCGAACCGCUGGACGGGGACGGAUCUUCCCCGACGUACCUGUUCACGCGGGACGCGGCCCAAGACACGCGCCACUCACCGCUGACGUCGAACGACGUUCUGGACGGGCCGGAAGAGGACGAGGAAGAUCAAGAGGUUGAGGAAGAGGAGGAGGAGGAAGACGUCGGCGGUCCAGAACUGGUCGUAGGUGACGUCAGCAGUGAACCAUCGCUGGUUGAAGAAGAAGAGGAAGAAGAGCGAGACGAUUCGGGUGAAAUUAAGGCCGAGAAUCAGCUGCGAGGGCCGGAGCUUCCGGCGGGGUCGACGGGGUGUGGGCAAGGAGUGCAAGACUAUCUGAAGGCCGGGGAUAAGAUUGAGCGGAUUGGUGGCGAAAGUGAAACAAGUGGUUCGAAGGAAAGUCUUUGGGUCAGCGUCGGGCAUGAUCUGUUCGAGGCCAGCAACGGGAUCGUGCCGGGAGUUGUUUAUCGAGUGGAAGUCCACCGCCCAAAAGAGUCGGACGUCCGUGAUUUCUACAUCGAAUCGCUGCUGCUAGAUGGAACCACCUCGGGCAUUCCGGCCAGUCACCAGCCCAGCCACAGUGCCCUGCCGCCGGCGGGGACUUUUUUAGAUAGCAACCCACUUUCCAAUUCGUUACACCCGCCGGGCGAGGGCGGCCCAUUUCCACCGUCGAACACGUGGAUCGACGACCUGGAGGCGGACUGGGCCAGUGGCCACCCGGGCAAGAAACCGCCGCCGCCGCCAGCCGAGUGGAACCGGUGGAGUUUGGCGGGUCGACGGCACAAGCAAAAGCUGGACCAGCUCGAGAGCGGUUACUUUGAGGAAGCAGGUUCCGAGCAGGAUCUGGAUUUUGACGAGGAGGAGAAACUUCCGGUUGACGGUCGGCGGUGUCCGAGCAACGUGUGGCGGCAGGACUUUAUGUUCCAGGACCGGAUGGUCAUGAACUGGAGCGUGCCCGUGGUGGCGGCGGCCGCGGGUUCAGGUGAUAGUGGUGACAACGUAGAAGGUAGUCUAGAUGGCAGCGGUGGCCAACGCAACAGAACUGUCUAUUUUAGGAUAUUAUAUCGUACAAUGACCAGCCAUAUUGUUUACGAACUGAUUUACACAAUGGUGCUUUUAAAAGAAUGCAAUUUACUACUUAAGGACACCUCGGGCUCGCUCGACUCCGGCAAGCUGCCGGCGGAGUACGCCGGCUGUAGGAUAGGCUUCCCCUCGCGCUUCGAGGACAACGACGACGACGAUGACGACGGCCAGCGUCCGGGGCUGGUCGUGCAGCUGACCAGGCUCAACAUUCCGUGCCGCGCGGACGGCGGCUAUCUGCGGUUUCUCGACGACGAUUCGAGCUCCUCCGAGUCCGUCUCCGUCUCUGGCGGUAGUGUAGACGGAGGCCGGGGGGAACAGCUGCGGGAAGAGUUGGGGGGUCGGCUGCACCUGCUGUGCGGCAAGCUCGAAGAACUGCCAAAGCACGAACGGACGUUUCACUUCCAGACGCACCGCAAUACGAGCGUCCUGGUGUACAACCGGCCGGUGUUUAGUUUUAACUUUAGACUAGUGGACUACUGUUACAAUGUAACGCUCAGUGAUAGGAACAGUACGGUGCUAUUGAGGCCCCGCCGGGGUCUGGACUGCCGGUUCAAGGUGCACCUGCCGUACGGGAACCGGAUCUCGCUGCGGCUGGUGGCCAAUCAGGGCAACACGUCGACGGUGACAGCUCCGAUCAAACACGAACAAAUAGACUUAAGUCAGGAGGAGGAGGACGGCUUCCGGACGCCGUGCUACAGCGGACUCCGCGUCGAGGUGUACGAGGAAGCGCUGAAGAACCGGUGGAACCGCUGCGUUGACAGCUUCAGCGCGUCAACGCGCUACACGCUGCUCUCCAGUGAUAAUAGCUUAGUGAUUCACGUGUCCAAGCACGCCCUGCUGGCGGCCCUGGACGCUCCGGCGAACAGUUCCACCCUCGCCGUUCCGUCGCUCCUGCUGGAGUACUCGCACGUUCCGGUGGAGAACGUGGUGGCCCAGUGUGCCUUCGGGUGGAUCGCCAGCGGGCAGCAGUUUUGCGUUGCGCCGUUCGAGAAUCGCCCCCUCAGUUGGCUCGGCGCGGAGGGGGAGUGCAACCGGCGCGGGGGGCACCUCGCGUCGAUACGGUCCGUGGCGGACCAGAAGCUGGUGGACCAGAUGCUGCUCAAGAGUCCCGGCUACCGGGAGGGGAACGCGUACUGGAUCGGGGCCAGCGACCGGGUGCUCGAGGGGGACUUUCGGUGGACCGACAACUUCCCAUUUACGUAUUCGAAUUGGUUUCCCGGCUGGAUCCAGCAGGGCAACUACAACCGACAGCCCAACGACGACGGUCUGAGCGGUCAGGACUGCGUCGAAAUCCGACGGCAGUUCCAAACUCCGCCGGGCACUUCGUCGUCGCCGCAGGCAUCGCCGUCCUCCAGCGCGAGUCCCCUGGUCGACUCGUACAUGUGGAACGACCGGGACUGCGACACGCGGAACUUCUACAUCUGCGAGCGGGUCGCCGUUGAAGAAGGCCUGGAGCAGACGUGGCACGCCGACUGCAACAAAACGAUCCAGCUGACGAUGGAUCGCCCGAAGAUGACCAUCUGGAGCCCGGGCUUUCCCCGGUCCUACCCGGACAACGUAAACUGCCUGACCAUGAUCACUGCCCCGCCCGGCUACCGGAUAGUGCUGGACUUUGAGGAGCUGGUCCUGGAGAGUGAGCCGCUCUGCGCCUACGACUACCUCCAGAUCGUGGAACCUCCGGCGAAUCUCUCCUCCCCGUACACCAAACCCGCCCGGACCCACGGCCCCCUCUUCCAAACCCGAAACCCCCGCCACAGCACGAACCGUGGCAUCCGGCGGCGCAAAUCCAACGCCACCCCCUCCAAAAUCGACGUCAGCGACCGACUCAUCUCAACAUUCGCCAACAAGUCCCCCAACCUGAUCCUCCAACCGAACGACCCCAGCUACGACCUCACCAAACCUCCCCCGGACCUCGGUUCCGGGCGCGUCCCGCGCAAGGUCUGCGGCGACUGGAGCUCCAAGCUGAAACUGCUCCGACACGUGACGCACGGUCCGCUGCUCGCGCUCCGCUUCGUGUCCGACUAUUCGAACCACUUUGGCGGCUACAAGGCAAAGGUCGCCAUGGAGAACGGAAGACAAUGGCCACGUGUGAUAUCGGAGUGCUACGACGAGCGGUUCAAGGCGUACAACGCGUCCUGCUACCUGUUCAUCUCGUACCCGGAAGUGGACUGGAGCACGGCCCAGCAAGUGUGCCGGGGCAUCGGCGCCCAGCUGGCAUCGAUCUCGACGACCGACGAGCAGAGGUUCAUAACGGCCAACAUCAGGAACAGUCUGGACUACACACCGCGCGCUCUGUACUGGCUCGGCGGCGAACUGGCCGAGUCCGGCGAGCUGGAGUGGGCCGACGGGGCGCGGCUCAUGUUUGAGGGUUGGCUCCCGGGCCAAAAGCCAGAACUCAACAAAACCUCCUCGUCUACUUCCUCAAAACCCGCCCCAAUCUGCCUCGGCCUCCAGUGGAAGAUCUCCCCGACGCCGAUGAUCUCCUCGGGCCUGCACUGGAGCAGCCAAAAGUGCAGCACCGUGGCGGGCUACGUCUGCAAGAAGCCCCGCCCAACGGCGGAGGAAAACAUGGCCAAGAACCAGACCAUCACGGGGACCGAGGGCCGGCUGGUGUCGCCGAGUCCGUACCCGGCCCAGAUGGACUACUGGAUCCGGUUGGUGGCGCCGGAGGCCAGUCGGAUCAUCGUGCAGUUCCAGAAGCUGGACAUCGAGCACCAGGAGGAGUGUCUGUACGACUACGUGAGCAUCCAGAACUACCGGAUCGUGCCGGGGGACGCGCUGAACCCGGGCAUGACGGACCCGCUGGCGGCCGCUGGUGGGUUCUGGAACAAUCGGGACGACGACGCGAUGGUCGGAGAGUACCGGAGUGACUCUCCGUUCCGCAACCUGCUCAACGGGGAGUUUUACUACGGCGGACAGCGGAGUUUGGCCGCGUCGCGGCAGGAAAAGUUCCACCGGAAGCGAUCGCUGGCCGCGACCACGACCGACGCCGACAUCCAGCAGAAGCUCCGCGACAACAUCAAACUCCUGGAAAAGAUCAACUCCAAGCUCAAAGACCGCAAGAAGCGCUUCCUCAGCUCGGACAACUACAAAACGGUGAAAAACAGCUCGCAGAGUAUCACGUUAGAGUCGAAUUCGGGCGCGGAACCGGUCAUCGAGGACACCGACCCGUCCUUUCUCCCGUACGUGCGGUGGUGCGGCACGCACGACUCCAACAUGACCCGCUUCAACUUUGUCUCCACCGGCAACGAGGCGUUCCUCCGCUUCCACACGGAUUUCUCCGUCAGCGGCGAGGGAUUCUCCGCGACCUGGAGCACCGUGGACAUCUCCGGCUGCCCCGUCCAAACGAUAACCUCCCGCGAGGGCACCAUCGCCAGUCCAAACUAUCCGCACUUUCUGCUGAACAACCUGGACUGUGCGUUCAUCAUUCAGGCGCCGUACGGGAAGAAGGUCUGGUUGGAGUUUGUGGCGUUCGAUAUCGGGCAGAAUGCCAGCGUGCAGGUGGACAUUGCCGAGGGGCCGUUUGAGCCGUUUCGGGAGGCGAGUCAUAUAAAUGAUGGGGUGUUUCUGAGCAAGGGCGAGCGGAUGGUGGUGCGGUUGAGGACGGGGCCGCUGCCGCGGGGGAAGGGUUUCAGUGCGAACUUUAGGACGAUAAGUGCCUCCAGCGAGCAGCAGCGCUCCAUAAAUCUCGCCAACAAAACGACCGGCAAUCUGUUCCACCUCAACUACCCCCAGUCGGUACCUUCGGAGGUGGACUUUACCCAGCACCUGGUCGCGCCCCUCGGCGAGGUCAUCCUGCUGGAGCUGCACGGCGUCGGCUUCAGCGAGCACGGCUGCCACAAGGGCGGAUUCAUCGAGAUCUACGACAACUACGCCGAUCGGAACGGCACCCUGUGGCAUCUGUGCGAACUAAAUCACAAUCCCGGAGGGGGCGCAGCCACCUCUCAAGAACAGUCCAAAUCGGCCUACUCCGCCGAGUACAAGCUGAUCGAAAACAACCUGGCGCGGCCUGCUCCGAUCUACAUAACCUCGUACCUGAACACGUUGCACGUCCGCCAGCGAACCGUUCAGGGUCUCGCCGUCCGGUUGAACGCCACGAUCCGGCUGCAGGCGGACAUCGCGUACAAGAUGAAGCUGAUCGCAAACGACGAGGAGUGGGUCGAGGGUUGCAGCCCCAAUCCGUGCCAGUCCGGGGGGCGGUGCAUCACCCAGAAGGACCACGGAAUCUGCCAGUGUCGGGGUCACUUCACGGGGCGGUUCUGCGGGUUGACGAUGUGCGAGCUGGAGCCGUGCUACUUUGGCAAGUGCGAACUGACCGCGUCCAGCUUCAAGUGUCACUGCCAGCCGGGGUACAUGGGCCAGCGGUGCGACGAAAAGCCGAAACCGUGCGAGGACAAUCCGUGCGAGGGGCGGGGCGAGUGUCACCCGAAGAACGGGGGCUUCUUCUGCCGGUGUCACGCGUGGUGGGAGGGCGCACGGUGCGAGAAGCGGAUGAUGCACAUUCCGUACAAGCCGCUGUCGGAGCGGAUGCUCCAGGAGCCGUUCUGGCUGGGGUUGAUCACGGUGUUUGUGGUGCUGGCGGUGAUUGGGCUGGUGUGGUGUGCGAAGCGCCACUUCCCGGAGAAGAUCGAGAAGCUGCUGGCGGAUGAGGCGCACAGGAAUCGGACCCCUUUCCCCCCGCACCACCUGAACACGGCCCUGCGCGAGCAGCUGCAGGCCGCGGCCGGCACGGUGCCCUCGUCGACGGCGACGACCCCCGCCGCCGCCCGGACCAUCUUCGGACGACUGGGUAUUAGAAAACCAUCCAUACUGAGCCUCAGCAGCCCUCAGCCAGUUGGAGGGGCAACCGCUAGAACAUUUUCAUUAGAUGAUCUAUUACGGCCCCCUCCUCGACGAACGCCCUCCCCUCGCAAGAAACGUAACAACUCCACCCCCACCAAGAAGAACGUCAACGAGAAGAAGCAGAUACUGCAGCAGCUGGUAUCGCCGGCGCCAAAUUCCACCGCCAAGCAACAAGUCAGCCUCGGCGAGCUGAUCCAGCUGUCCGAGAACCGGCUCAAGGUGAACCACGCCGAGUCCGAGUCGGACCUCAAGGAGACGACCUUCUCCGAGCACUCGCUGUCCGUUUCGUCGAUGGUGCGCCAAAUUUCGGACCCCAAGCUGGAGAAGAAGGUCACCUUCGCGCGGCUGCUCAGCAAGGUUUCCGCCGAGAUGAGCAGCGGCUCCGAGGAUCUGGCCAAUGGAACAAAACAUUCUAGCGCUUUAAGUCUUCCGACUGAAGUCCCGCAACGCGCAAAUUCCGUACCGCCGUCGCCUAGCACAAACGAAAUCCGUUCGCCGCACAGCACUUCCUCGAACCAGGGCAGCGAUUCGCUGUCGAGUUCCGAGCUCGCUUUGCAUGACUUUGGGCUGCGUAGCCUGGGGCUCGGCCACGGCCACCCCGGCCAGCGCCAGCGGGUCCGGCCGAAGGUGUCGAGUGCCGACUCGAUCCUGGCCAUGUUCAAGAACUUUGCCACGUCGAGCGCCGGGAUCAACCUGCCGUCGUCGAUCGUGAUCUCGCCGUCGUCGACCCCGACGGCGUCCAGUCCGCAGGACGACGUGGCCGGCGAUGACGACUCGUCGACCUCGUCCAUCCACACGCCGGUCAGCUACUCGAGUGGGGGUGGUGGGGGCGCCGGGGGUGGCCCCGAUUCGCCCGUGUUCUACCGGCAGAGCACGAUCGAGGUGCCGGUACUCGACGCCCUCAGUGCCGCGCAUAAAACGACGACCACGACGACCACCACCACACAGUUGCAUCCGCCAACCAUCCUGCUGGAGAUCCCCAGCAACGGAAUCAAUAACAAGUGCCUAUCCCCAAUCAGAGAGAUGCCCACGCCGAUCCCGUCUCCGGCGUUGACGCCGAUCAUGCCGCGGCCGGCGCGGAACCGCUCCCCCCAGGCCAUCCAUGACGAGUCGAUGUCGGUGACGUUCAGCGGCGAUUACGCCGGGUACAAUAACCCCAACAAGCUGAACCACCAGGUCACGAUCGAAAUCAACCAGCCCGAAUCCGACACUGACUCGCCGACGCCGACCAACUUCUCCAACGACAGCACCACCAGCAGUUCCGGCUCCAGCAAGAGCCGCAAGCCAACUCCGCCGCGGAUCUCCAUCUCGAUCGACGUCCAACCGCCGACGCCGGAACGCGAGCGGGCCCAGCGUCCGCGCGAUCUCGUCAUUCCCGAGCUGAUCAUCCAGCAGCCCAGCCCGACGCGCGAGCGGACCGCGGUCGUAAUGUUUCCCGGCUCACCUCCUCCGCAGCGGGCCAGCAUCGGCGAGACCAGCUCCUUCUUCCCGAACAAGCAGCAGCAGAAAAGAUUGCUGAAGCAGUGGGAAAAGCCCGGCUCGCUCGAUCUGCCGUUCGAGCCGCCCAUGAUCACGAUCACGUCCAACAUGGCGGAGGUCGAGUCGGACGCGGACUGCAUGUCCCCGGCUCCCACAGGUAAACCGAACGGGAUCAACCCGACCACCCUGGGCGUCGUGUCCGGUAGUUCCGUAGGAAUGUGCUAUCUCAGUCCGUUUUCGAUGUGUACCCGCGGUGAUCGUGCGCCGUCCGAAAGUAAUCUCAGCUCGUCCGGCUACUCUAGUAUGGCUAGUCCCGGUCCCAGUAGGUGCGGCUCUAGCAAUCCGCUCUGUCCCAGCGAGAUGGAAGAUCCGGGCUCAGGUUCCGCCGGAACGGGCUUUCCGGGGCUGGGCUCCAUGAUGGGCGCCACCGGUCGUCGCCAAACGUCGUCGAUCCUCAAGAAACACAACGACUCCUCCAGCGGUGGAACAUCGGCCGCAAGCGGUGGCGGCGGCGGCGGAGCCGCCCACGACUCCUUUCGGCUAAGAUCCGACUCGGAAACCCUGUCCGACGACCCCCUGCUCGAAUCCAACGACGAAGGCAUCGGCACGGACCACCUGGACGAGAAGAUCGAGGAAGGGGAAAUCCGCAGCGCCAAAGAGCUGGAGCUCUACAUCGGCAAGGAGCUGAUCGAGACGGGGAACCGCAUCCUGCACCCGGAAGCGAGCGCCGCCGCCGCCACCAUGUCCCAGCUGCAGCUGCCCUCGAUCGUGAUACAGACCGAGGGCUUCGACAAGCUGUCGCCGGUGUCGUCGCGCUCCGAGAGCCCCCUGAGUGACCGAACCGCCAGCAUGGAGCGCUUCUCGCCGCUGUUCUACGGCAAGAAGGACCAGCAGCUGCCGUUUACCGACUCGGACGGUCUGUACGACUUCCCCUCGUCCGACGGUAAGGGCAGCUCGGCGACCGCGACUCACCACCGGAAGAGCACGGGCCGCAGGAGAGACCGACGCAGCUCGUCGCGCCAGAGCCUGUCGCCGUCCAAGUCGACCUCGGUGCUGCUGGAGAUCCCCGGUGGUGGUGGAGGUGGCGGUUCCAAGGACCACAACAGCAGCACGUACAACUCGCACGGAGGAGGAGUUACAGUAGCGGCCGGCGCCGGUGGCGGUUCCAAGUACUACUCGAGCACGACCACGCCCACCCGGAAGAGCCCCAAGAGGAGACCACUGUAUCGGCAUCCCGUAGCGAGCAGCUCGUCGUCCACGGAAUCGUUAACGUCCACACGAGAGUACGCACAAAGAUCUAGCAAAGCAUUCGUGACCUUCACGAAGGAAACGCAGCUGUGUGACUCGGGAGAUGACACCGGAGAGGUACGUUCCGACUACAGCGCCGCCGACCAGCUGGCCGAUUACCAUGCCACGUUCCGUACUUCCACCUCCUACGACAACCACUUCCUUGCGGCGCAGCCGCCAUCAUCAACCUCACCAACAACAACAACCACAACCACUGCUACGACAGUUCAGGCAACGACCUACUACUACUCCCCAUCCUCCUCCUCCUUCCCCCCACCACCACCAUCAUCAUCCAAGCAGCCCGAGGCGCCGCCCCGGUUUGCGAGCGCCGCCGACUCUGACCUGUUCCGGCGGCUGCUCAACUUCAAGCUGGACAAGCUCACGGUGGCACCGGCGCCUACUACCUCAUCCGGCGGCUACACCUACACCCGGAUCUGUCAGAGCGACGACGACGACGACGCAGACCAAGACGACGACUACUUGGAUGAUGACUGGGACUGCGACGAGGACGACUUCACCACCACCAACGCGGAAGAGGAAGAUGAAGAGUUUGACGGUUUCGAAAAGGAUGUGUCUAGCCAAAUUCUGCCCAAGGUGACGGUGGAGGACAGCAGCAGCAACAGCACCGGCCGGCCGCAGAGCAAAAUCGGACGCCUCCGGGCCAUCGGGAACCAGAUUCGGUUCCUCCGCCGCUUGGAACGCUCGAUCCGGCAGAAGGACCGCCUGAUUGCGGUCGCCUCCGACGAGGACGGAUCGCCCAAGGUCACGUCGCCGCUGCUGAAGAAGCCGGAAGUGGUGGCCGGCGGCGUUAGCAUCACGAUCGAGGUGCCACCUGGCGAGAGGGGCCAGCAGCAGCAGCUGCUGAUGCCGUCCAGUGCGGCCGGCGUCAAGUCGCGGCAGAACUUUAAAAUGUCCCGCCAGAAGCGGGUCGCCAACAGCCGGUCCGGCGGCGGUUACAGCGCGGAACAGCAACCCUGGCUGGAGCGGGAACACAAGCUGCUCGGCAGCGCCGAUGUAAAUAGCGAUUAAAGUGUAAAUAAACGCGUGUUUAGAUAUGAUGACAGAUAAACGAUCAGUUGGCCGCCAUUUUGAAUUUUCGCAAGCCGCAAGCGUUAGUAAGCGUUACCUUCUUCCAGCGGGAACCGUCUGCAAUAAACAAGUGUUUGUUUUUAACUGUGUGUAGCUGUCAGAAAAUAAUAAACAACAAAUGCACAAACAACCCGUUGUAUGUAUGUGUGUUCGUCUACCCCAUCGUAUGUGUGCAGACCGUCGACACACUUCUUUCAGUAGGCUUAAGGAGACGUGUAAAUAGACCCAAUUUGAACACACCUGUUUCGGUUUUCUUCGUUUCGUAACGGGCGUAACGCUAACGCCGCUAACAAUAAGCCACACUAAUACUGACAACCAAGCAAGCAACAACUCUACAGCAAUACUUAGGAAACACCUUUUUUCUAAUGUCAACAAAUUUAGAGUGUUGCCGCUGGCAACACUGCUCUCGAACUCUUUUUACAAAAAAAACACAAACAA